CAGUGAAAAUAGUAAUAAUUUAGGAUGAUCCAACAAAUCACCAGUCUAAUCCUCAGAUGUACUAACAACAUGACUCUCUCGAUGGAAUCAGAAAACAAGAAAUCAGGAGAAGAUCAUAAAUAUUUGAACCUACUAGAAGAGAAGGUCAACCAAAUGACAGCAACUAUGGACGCAUUAAAAGAAGAAGAGAAUCCUAGUUAUGAAGAACUUAAGGUUGAGGCUAUUGGCAAUUUCAAACAACUGUUAGAAAAUCACCAGUUUAAGAGUUUUUGAGUCAAGAAUUACCUUCGAUUGAUUUCAGAUUUCCUCAAUAUUAAUAGUGAUGACCUUGAUAUGAUAUUAGAAAGAUGAAACGACAUUAUUGAAGAGGAAAAUAAAGAAGAUUUGAUUAAUGAAUCACAAUACGUAAAUUUUGAUUCUGAUCAACUCCUUGAAGAAAUUAAGCAUAAAGAGGCUGCUCUCGAACAACUAGAAUAUAAAUAUAGCCAGUUCAAACACAAAGUGAUGGAGUUUCUGAACCCUUCAACACUUGUAGGACUCGACCAAGCAUGUCAUCUGUUUCAGACAAAAAGCUCUAAAAUAAAAGAAGACCAAACUCUAAUUCUUGAUUUCACUGAAGAAAACGACAUUGAAUUCACUCAAGAAUUGCAAAGCUAUAUUUUACCAAAUUUAGUAAAUUUUCAAGUGAAAAGAAUAGCGAAAGACUUAACUAUUUUUAAAGAUUUCAUAUUAUCCUCAUUUCCUAAAUAUGUGACCAGUUGACAUUUAAAUUAUAAUGGAGGUCUAAUAAAUUCUGGAAACAUUUUGGACAUUAUUUUGUCAAUAAGCCAGAAUGUAUCUGAAUCAUUAUGUCUCUAUUGAUUUAAUAUUAAUCAAAUAGAACUUAAAAGAAUCUUUCAAAUAACAAGACAGAAGAAAAAGACUUUAGCGUUUUUUCGCUGUAAUAUUGACUUGAAUUCAGUGCCUGAUCUGGAAAAUGCUCUUCAUGGAUCUAUCAUCCGGGAUCUUCAUUUUGAAAAUUGAGCUAAUUCAAAAUAUGGCGAUUGGAAGAGUCACCCGGAAAGAUUUAAGCAUCUGAUCAUAGGGUUGUCCAAAAGCAAAGAUUUUGUAAAUAGUUUUGAAACUAUUUACUUAAAUAAUUGAGGGCUUAGCUCAGAAACCAUCAUUCAGACUCUUGAUGAAAAUGGCUUUACAAAAGUUGAACCCUAUGAUGAUACUCAGAAAAAGGAAGGAUCUUUAAGGAAUCAAUAACUAUUAAUUUGUUUAAUUUCUAAACCUAGGAUCAACCAUCCAGAA